GCGCGGCCAGUGCUGCCGGGCCGGGCCAUGGUGGGGACGCUGGCGCUGCCCGAGGGGCCCGAGCCGCUGGACAGGAAGCGGCGCGGCGAGCGGGUGCUGGACAGCCCCGACUCCGGCCUGCCGCCCAGCCCCAGCCACUGGCUGCUGGCCGCCGGCCCCGAGCGCGCUGCGCCCCCCGGGCUGCCCGAGCCGGACGCCGCGGGCCAGGCGCCGCCGAAUGCUGUGUUCUCUCCCAACCCACUGCUCUCCAGCUGCCCUGCGAGGUUAUGCGCUUUAUCCUUUGGCGAAGGAGUUGAGUUUGACCCUCUGCCACCAAAGGAAAUAAGGUACACCUCCUCGGUGAAGUAUGACUCAGAGAAGCACUUCAUCGAUGAUGUCUAUAUGCCUGUGGGGUUAGGCAUUUCCUCGUGCAGCCAAACGGUCGUCUGCAUCCCUGAUUGCACAUGGCGCAGUUACAAAGCCGAGGUCCACUUUGAGCCUCGGAACAAGCCCCUGCGUUUCGCCAGCACCACCAUUGUUUACCCAAAGCACACCAAAACUGUGUACACCACCACUCUGGAUUACAACUGCAGGAAGUCCAUGCGGCGGUUCUUGUCCAGCAUAGAGCUGGAGUCUGCAGAAUACCCUGGGAAUGAUUACCUCCUGGAUGGCUGCUGACUGACACCUGUCUCUCUUGCUAUGAUCCAUCCUAGUUCCUUUCUACUGUACUGUACUAACUCUCCACUAGCUAAAGUGGGUAAAAAAACCUAAUUGCCCAGUCACUCUAAGGGAACCUUACCUGUCGCUACCUCUGACCCAGCUCAUAAAUUCAGCUUUAAGCGUCAAAAUGGCCUGCAUUUAAUUUUCUAUGGGAAUUUAGCUUUUCGAGAUACCAGUUUAUCCUCCUUUAGAGCUGCUGAUUCCCUCCCCUGUUCCCACGUUGCAGUAAUCGGGUGAAAAUAAGGGAAAUGUUUCCAAAGAGGAAAAGUUAAUUGCUCUUUCACAGAUAAGGGAGCGUCUGGGACAGUGGAAAAAUGUACAUGAUCUUCAUGCUGAUGUGUAAAACCAAUGACAAUUCUCUUGCUGCAGAAAAUUUAGCAGAUAAUUCAGCCACUUGUAAACAGCCAUAAUUAAUUUCAGCUUUGGUCACAGGACCCUGGUAAAGCAGAAAGUGCUGAUAUCCUUUGGCAUAGGCUAGCGGAUGGGAAAUCCACAAUUUUAUAUUUAAGCAGAUGUUUUUUAAUCGCAUUCAUGCCUGUUUUUAAAGAUGUUUCCUUUAAGGGGUGGGGUGUGUGUGGAAAAAGUUUUGAUUAGAGCAAGAGUUAAAUUGCAUUUGGGUAGCUGUAGGCAAUCGGCAUAGAAGGAACUGGGUUAUCUUUCUUCCGGGUCCCCUAAUCUUACAGAACAUCUUGUGUACUUCUCAGUUAGUUAACCCAGCCUCAAACUUGUGCAACUAUUUGUCAGUGCAGCAGAUACUAGAAUUUGCAGGCACUGUACUGUAACUUGUGAAAAAUAUUAUGCAGAAAAUUAUCUCUAUGGGGUGAUGAAUUUUGGAAAGCCAAGUGUAGACAUCCGCUAGUGUCAAACCGCUAGUAUCUGGUAUGUGCUAAUGCUGGCACUGUUUCUCACUCAAGUGGAGCUACAACAGUGGGAGAAUGUUAGGAAAUCCACAGUGUGGAGGUCAUAAAGUGGAAGUAGAAACCUGGGAAUCCAGCAGCAUCACCUAGGGUACGUGGGAGUGACUUGCCAAGAAAGGCAUUGAUUGCGACAAAGGGAAUGCAAAAUUGUCAACUGGCUAGAUCCACCGCCAUGCCUGUGCUUUCCCUGUUGCACUUCACAAAGAUCAUUAUUCUGUCUCAGUUUUUCGAUCUGAUGGUGUUGAUGAUUUCACUGGGGCAAGGAAGGUCUUCCAUACCCAGCAGCGUCCUGAGCAGCCCUGCAGUAACACAUCAGAGUGCAUUUCAGCUGGAGAUCACUGAGGGUUGGGGAGUGGGCAGGAGAGAGGUGGUGAGAAUAAUCACUUCAGAAUAACCUGCACCUUAACAUUGUCUUUGUCACACUUUCAUGCACUUUGACCAAACAGAAGGUGUGGCUUUCUAAAUCUCCAAAAUCGUUGUAUCUUUGUUGAAAGAGAGGAGAGCAGCAUGGAAAGUGCAUGCUUUCGAAGAUGUGGCUUGUACUCUUUGUUGGUGUAGUAGUGAUAUUGUGGAUGUUCCACAGAAGCCGGCUCAUGUCUUUUUUUGAUAUAUCUCCCCCAACUCAGAUGGGGCAAAAUUCAUCCCUCUUUAGAGCAACAACCCAAGACCACCUCUCAAAAGGGGACUUCUGUAGGGCAUCGGGACAAGGGAAAAUGUCAUCAGUAGAGAGCAAGGAAUGCAGAAUGUGUGCUGGCUGGAGAUUAUUAUUGGGGCUGCAGUAAGAUAGAUCCUGCAGUUUUACAAAUGGCAUGUGCAGAGGUAUAUUCUGCAGUGUGCUACUAAUGUGAGCUGAAAUGAUUCAAGAGACUGAAAGUGCAAUGGAAGAGGGGAUUUGUUGGGUUUUUUUGUUUUGCCUAUUGAUUCCCUUGAAUCAGUUGUUUCUUUAAACCUUGUUUCCUGCCCUAAAACAUUUCCAAGGGAGACUUGGAAUGCUGAAUUUAAAUAGCCAUCCCCAUAAGAGACUAUGGGUACAGGGAUUCUGACCAGACCUUUGACCCCACUGAAGCUAUUGGAACUGCAUGGGGUGUGAAUCAGGGCCAGAACUACCAACAUGACUAGGAUAGCCUAGUACCAAAUGCACUGAAUCUAGUCUGUACUAUUUAAGAAAUGCUAAUUACAUUCCCACUAAGACCAUUCCUUAAGUGUUUGCCAAAAGUGCAGUCAUGACAGGGCACAAGCCAACCUCUGUGUGUAGGGGUUUCAAACAUAACUUCUCUGUUGGACAGGUUAUUCCAUUAUUGCUAACUUGUACUUUCCUCCUGCCACUGUAGGAGACAGGAUACUGGACUAGAAUGGAUGCCUGGUUUACUCCACAUCACUGUUCCCCUGAAUCCAUUACAAGAUUUUGGAGAGAAGUUUUAUUUUAAAAUUGUAACCAUGACCUGUUCCAAGUUAAAUUAGAAAUAACACUUACACUAUGGUUUGACACAACACAUGCUUUAAAAACACAGAUUUAUUGAUGUUCCUCUUUAAAAAGAUGGUAACUGAUGGAAGAUGCUUUUUAAAAAAUUCAGAUUACUAUAUUGCAACACCUUGGUUCUCACUGUGCAAGAUCCAAUACAUUCUGCUGUCUGUGACAUGAUUUCCCCCCCCCCCCCAAAAAAAAACAACAAAGUUUUAAUUUGCUUUAUCUCAUUUAACUAGUAAUAAAUUAUAUGAAAACCA